UCUCCUGGCUAUAUAUUCCCCCAUUAAAACCAUUUAGUAAUGCUUCACUUCAUCAAAUUUUCAGCUUAGAAAAAAUGAAGUUAUUUCUAUUAACUCUGCUUUUGGUCACUCUUGUUAUUACCCCUUCUCUCAUUCAAACUACCAUGGCUGGUUCAAAUUUUUGUGAUUCAAAGUGCAAGCUGAGAUGUUCAAAGGCAGGACUUGCAGACAGAUGCUUAAAGUACUGUGGAAUUUGUUGUGAAGAAUGCAAAUGUGUGCCUUCUGGAACUUAUGGUAACAAACAUGAAUGUCCUUGUUAUAGGGACAAGAAGAACUCUAAGGGCAAGUCUAAAUGCCCUUGAAUUUGAUGUAUUUUAAAUAUCUAAGUGGUUAAAUUUGGUCUUUACAUAUUAAGUUUUCUAGGUAUGUUAAAGUUAUACAUAU